CUCAGUCAGUAGUGAGUAGAGGUCAGUGGACAGGCCAGAUCACAUUAACACCACAGCGUUAUGAGUAUCGCCCACUAUGUCACCUCCAUGCUGUUCUACCUGGACGUGGUUCUUCCUCUCCGUGCUGCUGGUGCUGCACCUGCAGCAGGCCUGCUGCGCUCCAGAUUUCUCUGAUUUCCUCUACACCAUCCUGAGGAACCACACGGCUCACGCCUGCGACGGGGAGGAGCUGAGCAUCAGGUGCCCCUCCAAAACCUCACUGGCCAUCCUGUCUGCCUUCUACGGGCGGCGGGUGCCCAGUCAGCACUUGUGCCCGACCACAAACCUGAACGCCACAGAGGAAAGCAUAGACUGCAUGUCCCCCAUAGCUAUUCAGAAGGUGAUGUCAGAGUGUCAGGACCGGAGGACGUGUCAGAUUCCUGUGGUCAGCGCUGUAUUUGGGCAGGACCCCUGCCCUGAAACCAGCAAGUACAUCAUCGUCUCUUACAAAUGCCGGCCAGUGCAUCAUCGCUCGAGGACGGUGUGUGAGAACGAGAGGCUGAGACUGGCCUGUAAGAACGACACUGUUCUCGCCAUCUACUCCGCCACGUUCGGACACCUGGAGCAGGACCACUACGAGUGUCCUCAGGGGGACAGCGCCAAGCCUGACAUGGAGUGUUUGUCUCCGUCAGCUCUGAGACGGGUGUCCCGGCGGUGUCACGGCCGGACAAACUGCUCAGUGCUGGCUGAUAUUCAGAACUUCGGUGACCCCUGCUUCCCCGGCACCAGGAAACAUCUGCGGGUGUCGUUCACGUGUGUUCCCCGGUAUCUGCUGGAAGACGUGGGACGAGGCGACACAGAUCCUUUCCUGAUCUCAGAUUAUACACACGGCGGCUGGUACACUGGGCCUGGAGUUUACAGGCCACAAAACAUUUUCACCAACACUUUGGAAAUCUUUUCCCAGGUGCAGGGUCUCCCGGAGACGGUGGCUCUGUACUUCGUGUCGGGAAUCUGCGCCGGCCUGGUGUUCCUGCUGUGUCUGUUCGGGCUGAAGUCCACUCUGGUGCGGGACGUGAAGGACCUGGUGUCUGAGCUGGAGGACGAGCUGAAGGCCGCCCGCAGGUCCCGCAGGGGACUGAUCGAGGACUUUGAUGACGAUUAUUCUUCUCUGGACUCCGGCUUUCGUCACCUCACUCGCUCCUACCGCGCCGCAGACAUGCUCAGUCCAGAGAUGGUCAUGACUGUGGUGAUGGAGGACAAAAGGACGGAGGAGGACAGGGACAGAGCAGAACUGCCGAACGGAGACCUCUGGCCGCACUGUAACUCCAGCCCUUACGCCUUCCACAAAACCACGGCUUCUUCUACCUGAGACUCAAAUCUGAACAAAAAGCAACUUUACUAACAACAGACUAAAUCUAAUUAUCUUAUUCCUGCAUUAAUGAAGCAAUGGAACAAACCUGAGUGAAGCCAAAUGUCACAAACAUUAUGGUGCUCUGAAAUGAAUUAAAAAAUGUAAAAAAAAGUGUAGGUCCAUUCCACUGAACGGGUGCCAUUUCUAGUUGUAACUCUUCCAAAUUAAACUU